AUGUCGCAAGCCUUCAGCUCCUGGCAGGAGCGGCCCGAGCGACUCCUGCCAUCCCAGUCGAGCCGCAGAGAUGGUCUCGCCUCCGAAGUACCAGCACCGCCACCGACCGAACAUCCUACAGCGCAGUGGAUCAGGGAUCAGAGCCGUCUCAACGGCAGCACCGCCCCCACCGACGAGCUCGACCAGUUUGGAAUCCCGCUUCAUCACGCUCACCCCACCUCGUCGCGUCCCGCCGCCCACACGCCAUCCCGAUCAGACGCAAUGCCAACCUCUCCCUCUUUCCCUGCUAUCUCUCCACCAGGUGUCACUUCGUCUUCCUCUUCACGCCGCUAUCCAGCGAAUGUGCCUACCAAGCACGCCGCCUCUCCGUCUCCAACUUCGCAGCCUCUCGCAGCCGAUCCUUCGUCUUUGGUCGCGCGAACCGCCCCGCGACUCGACGACGAAGACGAAGACGAGUCUGUUGGCCUGCUCCUCGGACAGUCCAAACGCAGACGGCCUCGUAAGGACUCCUACUCCUCCUUCGGCAGCAGUGUCCUUCCGGCUCCGCUCUUUGCCUCCAACACUCGCUACGGCGACCACGACGCUUCCGCCUUUCCUCGCCAGCCUCUACCCUCCAAGCCUUCCCGCUCACGAUACCCGCCCAGCAACCACUCCGCUGCUGCGCCCGCUUCGCGCCACCUCGUUCCGCCAGCGCAGUCGGAUCACCAGCGCCAACGUCAGAACUCAAACGCCGUAGCCUCUCGGCCCUCCGGCUUCGAUCUCGACGAUUGGCUCCGCACAUCACAAGCCCCACCUCCCGUCCUCCGAUCUUCGCCCAGCCUCGGCGCCCUGGCUUCUUUUGAUCGACAGGACUACUCGGGUCGCACCGCCGCUGCAAGUGAAGCGGGCAACCGGCGUCGCCGUCACCACGCCGGCUCCACUUCCGGCUUGAGCGCUGGAGUCCUCAGCGCCGGGCCUGAAUCCCCGCGCAGUCGUCGCAAAGCCAGCGCCUCAUCGCGCCGCGAACAAAGCGCCUACUCCUCCCUUGCAUCCGACCAUCCCGCCUUCAUGGCCUCUCAGGAGCUGACAAAGGAGGCAGGCAGCCGCACCAUCGACACCAUCGAGGAAUGGCGUGCCAAAUCCGCUUCCAAAAUGCCCGAGGCAUCCGUAGACACAGCAACGCCUUCAGCGCAAGAUACCAGCGCCAAUCCGGAUCAAGCCGAUCCACCAGUCCGGCGCAGACGUAAGAGCUCAGUCAAGGGCACCUCCCGGCCUGUCUCCAUGGACGGACCGCCGCCACCCUUGCCUUCCAUCCCCGCGACCUUCGGCGCCGAGUCAGUCACGUCCAAGAGCGGCCGACGCCGACGCAAGGGUACCGAGACUUCGCUCGCCGGCCUACUGUCACCUGACAGGGCGUCGCACUCGCACCGCUCAGCAGCGCCGCUCCCGACACCACCGCCCGCCUUGCGCGACCUAUACGCGCUCUCCGGCCUCGGCUCGCAGGCCGAGACGCCGAUCCGUCGCCUCAUUCGCUGGCUCGCAAAGGAGCAGCUCAAGAGCAUCAUCCUGCCGCUAGCGCUGCUCGUCGCCUUCCUUGUACGUUGGAUUGUGGCUCGCGGCGACUGGAGCGGCCGCGGCGUGGACCCCAUGCACGGCGACUUUGAAGCGCAACGCCACUGGAUCGAACUUACGCUUCAUCUGCCCACCUCACGCUGGUACUUUUACGAUCUUCAGUACUGGGGCCUCGACUAUCCGCCGCUAACCGCGUGGGUGAGUCUCGCGUGCGGAUACGCCAGCCGCCUAUUUCCUGCCACCGCAGCCGGCUUUGCUUUCGAGACCUCGCGCGGCAACGAGGACGCAGCCACGGUCACCUUCAUGCGCGCCACGGUCAUCGUCGGCGAUCUGCUCUUCUACCUACCCGCGGUCGUGCUCUUUGUCUCGCGCAAGCUCGAAGGGCGCGGCAAGCGCACGCAGGCGAUCGCGCUCUUCACCAUCUUGCUGCAGCCGGCUCUCAUCCUCAUCGAUCACGGCCACUUCCAGUACAACAGCAUCAUGCUCGGCUUGAGCGCGGCCUGCUUUGCUCUGCUCUACACCACCCUGCCCAAUCCGGACGCAUCCUUGACCUCGCAAGGCGCGCGCAACCGGAGCCAAGCCGUGGCGGAUCUGUCGCGUCGACUCAGCUACGAGUACGUGGCGGCAGCGGUUUUCUUCUGCCUCAGUCUUUCGUUCAAGCAGAUGGCGCUGUACUAUGCGCCUGCCGUGUUUGCCGUCAUGCUGGGUCGGUGCAUCGGUCUGGCGCGCGUGGAUCCCGAGCGCGGGCUCACGCUGUUCAUCGGCCUCGGCCUCGCAGUGGUGGUGACGUUCGGCAUUGUGUUUGCGCCGUGGCUCACGAGCCUCGAGCAGAUGGCGCAGCUCGUGCACCGCAUUUUCCCGCUCGCGCGCGGCUUGUUCGAGGACAAGGUGGCCAACGUGUGGUGCUUCCUCUCGGUGCUGCCGUUGCCGGCGCGAUUCAAGCUGAAAAACAUGAUGGCCGCAUCCGCACUCGCGAGGCUCAGCCUGGCAGUGACGCUCGUCAUGAUCCUACCCGGAUGCUGCCUGCUCUUCUGGGCCGCGAGCCAGACGGCCAAGAUGGAGAUGAUGGUGGCGAGUGACGUGCCGCACGUUGCCAGCGAGCGCGCCUCAGCAAGAGGCGCAGGCAGUGCCGUGGACGCCGCGCUCAGCGCUGCAGGAAGCGUCAAGGCGCCUACGGCAGUGUCGCGCAAGUCGGCCGACGUUAGCAAACGCCGCUCUCCCUCGGUAGUCGGUUCAGCGGUGGGCGGGCCGGCGCGCUCCGAGAUCGAAUCGCUCCUGGCUGGGUCCGUGUCGAGGUCGAUCAGUGGACGCGUGAGCCAGGCCGGGACACGAACCGACGUGCUGGAGCGUCUUUCUGUGCGGGCGGAUGCUGAGCGCACAGAGCCCGGCAUGUCGGAACGGCCGGUGGCAUCGACGCUGCCGUCGCCUGCUGCGCAGAUGCUGCCGUACGGCCUGGUGAGCGUGUCGUGCGUGUUCUUCCUAUUCGGCUUCCAGACGCACGAAAAGUCGAUCCUCCUGCCGCUGCUGCCCAUGACGCUCAUGCUGGGAGCCAAGGGCGACACGUGGGGCGGCCACAUCACCAGCGCGCGCGACUGGGAAUGGGCAGUGUGGUUCAACAACAUCGCCACCUUCUCGCUCUUUCCGCUCCUGCUCAAGGACGGUCAGGCGCUGCAGUAUGCGGUGCUCACCAUCGGCUGGAACUGGCUGGUGGGCAAUCUGCAAGUGCCGUGGCAGCCGCUCAGCGCAGCGUGGGCGGUGGUCGGAUCGCGCACGAGCUUCUUCCGCAGACUCAGCACGCUCACGUACAUGGCUGCGGUGGCGCUGCACGGCGCCGAGUUCGUCUUGCCUAGGCUUGUUCCCGGCUUGCAUGCCAAAGUGCUGGCGAGGUAUCCGGACAUCUAUCCCGUGCUCAACGUGCUGCUCACCACGCCUUGCUUCGCCAUCGUCUUUGUAUGGGCCCUCAUUCGGCAGGUGCAGGUGGCCUUUGCCAACGGACUCGACCUCUCAUUCGGCAAGCCCGCCGUGAGGAAAAAGAGCGCCUAA